AUGGGGGGAACUACAGAGGGGGCCCAGGAGGAGAGGAGGCAUAGCCAUGGUAAUCUGUAUACAAAACGUGAUUAUUAUGUUAUAACUGUGCAGUUUAUCGGCGGGAAUAAAAUUGAGGAGCCAUUCGGCUGGUUUCUGUGGGCGUGGCUUAGCAAGUUGGCGGGAACGUUAACACUGAGCCGUCAGAGCGAGCAAGCUUCACCAGCCGUGUUUAGGGCGUGGCUUCGUGGUAUAGGCGGAGGCAGCGCGACUCGGAGGCGUGGCUCGUGGUUGUCAGGAAGUGGCGGAGCGCGGGAGUUUUCAAUCAGUCAGAGGAAGAUUGAGAGGAUGGAGGGAGUUCCGCAGUUCUAUGUCCUGUGUGACCCAAAGAAGCCGCCGGUCACACUGAGCCGGUUGCCUUCUGUUGCAAAGGACGGACUGCGUUUUUCUGCCCCGCUGGCGUCUCCGCUACCUUCCCAGUUGUUGAUCUUUGGCUUAGGUGACUGGUCAGGAUUGGCUGCAGGAAGCUCUGUGGAAGUGAAAUUGGAAGGGAGUGGAAAUAAAGAGCACAGAUUGGGAACACUCACUCCUGAUUCAAGAUGUUUCCUGUGGGAAUCCGAUUCUACCGUAAUGUUCCCAAAGGGAAAGCUCCGUGUCUGCAUGUCCGUUAAGGGGCAGUUCAAUAUUAAUUCUGCCGACGUGAAAAAGAAGCGCGGAAAACGCAAGAGAAUAAAAGAGGAAGAGGAAAAUGUUUGUCCAAAUAGUGGACAUGUAAAAGUGCCUGCCCCACAGCAGAAGAACAGUAGUCCUAAGAGUCCAGCACCAGCAAAGCAAUUUGCUCAUUCUAAGAGCUCUUUAGCAGCUCCAGCUAUGCCGACUGCACGCUGGGGUCAAGCUCUCUGUCCCAUCGACUCUCAGACAGUAAUCUUGAUUGGUGGCCAGGGAAAUCGUAUGCAGUUCUGUAAGGACUCCAUGUGGAAACUGAAUACAGAGAGAAGUAUUUGGACUCCAGCAGAGGCACUAGCAGAUGGCCUCUCCCCAGAAGCCCGUACUGGUCACACAGCAACCUUUGAUCUUGAGAACAAUCGUAUUUAUGUUUUUGGAGGUUCUAAGAACAGAAAAUGGUUCAAUGAUGUACAUAUUCUGGACAUUAAGGCCUGGCGUUGGAGGAGUGUGGAAGCACAGGGCAAAGUGCCCCCUCUCUCUUAUCAUACAUGCUCUCUGUUUCGAGGGGAGCUCUUUGUGUUCGGUGGGGUGUUUCCACGUCCAAAUCCUGAACCCGAUGGCUGCAGCAAUUUACUCUACAUCUUUGAUCCACAAGAUGAAAUUUGGUACCAGCCCAUUGUCCUAGGAAAGACCCCUUCAUCACGCUCCGGGCACUCUGCCUGUCUGUUAAACAGAGAGCUAUAUAUUUUUGGUGGCUGGGAUACUCCCGUUUGCUACAAUGACCUCUACGUACUGGAUCUGGGACUCAUGGAGUUCUCGCUUGUUGAGGUGACUGGAUGCUCACCCUCUCCUCGUUGUUGGCAUUCUGCUGCCCCUGUAUCAGAUUUCCAGUUCCUGAUUCAUGGAGGUUAUGAUGGAAACCAAGCUCUAAAUGACACCUACCUAUUCAACACUGUCACAAAGACAUGGACUUGCUUGGAUCAUACUUCCUUGCCCAAGUCUCCUCGUGCUGGACACUCUAUGCUAUCACUGCCAGCAAUAAAGGAAGAAGAAGAAAGUGAAGAGUGCAAACCACAGAAACUGCUGAUCUUUGGUGGAGGAGACAAUGAAGGAAAUUUUUACAGUGAUGCCGUAAGACUAGACCUGACAGAUCUUCUGCCAUAGAGAAUACUCGGACAAGACACAUCCCUAAACUCUUUGCUUCUGUAUAUAAUGUUUGUAUAUAGCCGUAUUUUAUGUAGCAAAAUUAACUACAAAAUGCAGAUUUAGUUUACUAAAUGGUACAAGUGUGAUUUCUAACAAAUUAGAAUUUUAUUUGU